AUGCAAACAUGUUUGCGUCACUUUAUGAAACAUUUUCUUCUUGCAGAGAGUGCAGGAAUGGACCAUAAUGAACCUCAUGCACAUCAACCGAUAAUAAACCAAUAUAAACUAAUGAUCAUUUUUAGUCCACAUUUGUCUUCCUCUGUCCAUCUCUUUGUCUUCUCCCUUUCCAUCCUUCCCUCUUUUCCAGUCUAUCUUUCUAUCCACAUUUCUGUCUCUACCUGUCUCUUUCCCUUUCCAUUCUUCUCUCUUUUGCAGUCUAUCUUUGUCUUUUCCUGUCCAUUUUUGGUCCACAUUUCUGUUCAUCUCUUUCUUUUCCCUUUCCACCCUUCUCUUCUUUGCUGUCUAUCUUUCUGUCCACAUUUCUGUCUCUUGCUGUCCAUCUAUCUCUAUUUUCCCUUCUAUAAUUCCCUUUGUUUCGUGUUCAUAUUUUUGUCUUUUCCUGUCCAUUUUAUGUCUACAUUUCCCUUUUCCUGUCCAUCUUUGUAUAUUCUCUUUCCAUUCAUCCCUCUUUUUUAUCCACUUCUGAGAUGUUCCUGUCCAUCUUUUUGUCUUGUUCUAUCUACUCCUGCAUAUCUUUUUGUCCACAUUUGUCUCUUCUUGUCCAUCUCCCUCUCUUUUCCAGUCCAUCUCUCUAUCCAGUUGUUUUUUCAUGUCCAUUUUUGUCCACAUUUCUGUCUCUUUCUUUCUCUCUGUCUUUUCCCUUUCCAUCCUUCUCUCUUCCCCUAUUUAUCUUUCUAUCCACAUUUCUGUUGUUCCUGUCCAUCAUUUUGUCUCAUUCUUAUUUCCCUUUUUGUCCACAUUUGUCUCUCUUCCUAUCCAUCCCUCUGUCCACAUUUCUGUCUCUUUCCGUCCAUCUCUCUCUCCCUCUUCUUCCCUCUUCCCCGUCUAUCUCCAUCUUCUUAUCUUACUGUCUCUUACUGUCCAUCUCUGUCUCAUCGUCUUUUUUAACACAUUUGUGCAUUUUCCUGUCCAUUUUUCCACCUUUAUGUCUCUUUGUCCUUUCCAUCCUUUUCUCUUUCCCCUAUUUUUGUUCACCUUUCUACUCUUAUCCCUGUGUUUUUCUGCAGAAAAAGCACUUCUGUUGAUUGUUUAAUAUCAAAAUGAAGACAUCCAAACGUCCCAUCUUAGUCAACUUUCCAUGAGAGACAAGUCUGAUGAGAGUCCCCUAAAUGGUGUUCUCAAGUGAAUGUAGCGAGAGACUGCAGCCCACGAGGCCAGCUGCUCACACACAAGCACACCAGCAAACACAGUGAGAAAUCAACCU